UUUCCCCAAAACCGAGAACUGGAUCGUCACAGUGCUCUCUCUCUCUCUCCAUUCACUCACUCUGCUAAAUCAUGGCGUCUGGUAGUACAGGAGGCAGAGUAUCCUGCGGGAGGGAUUUGAAUUGUGUGCCGGAGGUAGCCGACACUUUAGCCGCGGUCGCCAAACUUGGGUUUGACUUCCUGUGCAUGCCCCUGUACCACCCGAGGUUCAGGAGGGAGUAUGAGCUGGCCCCCGCUAAAGACCGGCUCGGUGCCCAGACUCGGUCAGAUCUGCUUCUUUGUGGAAGAGAUUGGAAUACUCUUAUCGUAGGCAAACUCUCGCCAUGGAUCGAUGCCGACUCCGAGAUCACCACAGAACGCAGGAACUCCGAGGCCGCGCUGGUCCAGGAGCUGAACUUCGCCGCCUACCUGGGUCUGCCGGCCUUCAUGAUCCCCCUGAAGGGAGCCCACAGCGCCAACCUGGCCCGUGUGCUGGUCAACCACAUUCAGACCGGACACCACACGUCCAAUUUCUGGAUCCGCGUACCACUGCUCGCGCCAGAGGACAUGCGUGACGAGCUGGUGGAGAACGAGCAGGGCAAAGCCGCCCCUGAUGACACUAACGUGGAUGAGAAGACCUGGACCUGGUGGCACUCAUUCAGGACUCUCUGUGACUACAACAAGAGGAUCUGUGUUGCGAUCGAAGUGGGUGCAGACAUGCCCUCAGAAGCUGUGAUUGAUAAGUGGCUUGGGGAGCCAAUCAAAGCAGCUAUUCUGCCAACCAGCAUCUUUCUAACCAAUAAAAAGGGCUUCCCUGUGCUGUCGAAAGCACACCAACGGAUAAUCUUCAAUCUUUUUAAGCUGGAGGCCCAGUUCAUCUUCACAGGCACCAGCCGUCACAGUGAGAAAGACUUCCGCUCCUACCUGCAGUACCUGGAGUACCUCAGCCAGAACCGGCCCACGCCCAACGCCUAUGAGCUCUUCGCCAAGGGCUACGAAGACUACCUGCAGUCCCCGCUCCAGCCCCUGAUGGAUAAUUUGGAAUCCCAGACAUACGAGGUGUUUGAGAAGGACCCCAUAAAGUACUCCCAGUACCAACAGGCUGUGUACAAGUGUUUACUGGACCGCGUUCCUGAGGAGCAGAAGGACACCAACGUUCAGGUGCUGAUGGUCCUGGGGGCAGGCAGGGGUCCACUGGUCAACGCCGCCCUCCGUGCUGCUCGCCAGGCGCACAGGAAACUGAAGAUCUACGCCGUCGAGAAAAACCCCAACGCCAUCGUCACGUUGGAGAACUGGCGCUUUGAGGAGUGGGGCGAUCAGGUGACCGUGGUGUCAUGCGACAUGCGGGACUGGGCCGCGCCCGAGAAGGCUGACAUCAUCGUCAGCGAGCUGCUCGGGUCGUUCGGCGACAACGAGCUGUCCCCCGAGUGUCUGGACGGAGCGCAGCACUUCCUCAAAGAGGACGGCGUGAGCAUCCCGUCUUCCUACACGUCCUUCCUGGCGCCGCUGUCCUCCUCCAAGCUGUACAAUGAGGUGCGGGGCUGCCGCGAGCGAGACAAGGACCCGGAGAGCCACUUUGAGACGCCCUACGUGGUGCGCCUGCACAACUUCCACCAGCUGGCCGAGCCCAAGGCCUGCUUCACCUUCACACACCCCACUACAGAUAUGAACAACAACCGGUAUCAGUGCCUCAAGUUCUCCGUGGGCUGUAACUCGGUCCUCCACGGCUUCGCCGGCUACUUCGAAACCACCCUGUACAAAGACGUCACACUCAGUAUCAAACCGGCAACGCAUUCACCUGGGAUGUUUUCCUGGUUCCCAAUCCUUUUCCCACUUAAGCAACCCAUCCCCUUGUCCCACAAUGAUGACGUCACGGUGCGCUUCUGGCGCUGCAACAACGGCAAGAAGGUGUGGUACGAGUGGGCGGUGACCGAGCCCGCCUGCUCCGCCAUCCAUAACCCCGCCGGACGCUCCUACACCAUUGGCCUGUGAAGAGGCCACGCCCCCCCCUCCCCCCUCCCCCCUCCCCCACGCAACCAAUCCACCAUCGGGAAUCCACGGAGCCCCGGACGAUGACAUCAUAACGUGGCUGUUGGGACUGUGUUGGAAUGCCUUUCCAAUGGGCCUGGUUCACCUAGCGGCCCUCUGUUCUAAACCCAGGCGGCCGCUAGGUGAACGGGGCCAAUAGUGUCCUCUUUUGUAAUGGUUUUGGGUGGGAUUUUACAUUGUAUUUGUUGGGUCACAGCGGUGAGGGAGCAGAUGAAAUGGGAUCUGGUUCAGACGCCAAUUUAGUCGAUAAUAUGCCAGUAUUAACAACUGGUUGUUGGGUCAAUUUCCUGAGGGCAUGGACUAUCGUUCAACACCUGUGUGUGUGUGGUUCCCGCAUUCAGUUAUUUCUUUUUUUAAUUUUGCCCUUGUGUCAAAGCCCACCCCCCUCACCCCCUCAGUGGUUGAGGCCCACUCUGCCUUACGGGGUCCACAUUGCUUAGCCUCAGAUUUGAAGCACUUAUCCCCCACUCAGAAUAACUAAACAUUAGUUUGGGUCCCAUUUUACAUGUUGUUACUCCUGUUUUGGUAUUUUCCACUGUUACUGUCUGGUCUGUAUCAAUAAAAGUUACUACAUAUCCCCCGAA